CCGCCACCAUCAUCUGCUCGCUGCGACGAGCGGCGGCGACGCACACAUCAUUCUUGACGUCGACUAGGCGGUUAUCAGCGCUUCAGACACACAGAAUCAUGCCACGGAUACCAAGUGCCUCGCCAGCGACAGGCGCUCCGACCCCCUCCCACCUUGUGCAUACCGUCGAUGCCUCCUUCAUUGAUGGGCACGGGCGAACACUACUACUGCGAGGAGUGAACUUAUCAGGGUCGUCGAAGGCGCCUGUGCAACAACCCUCAUACAUCUUGGACGACUUCUGGGAAGCUGCGGAGCGUGGGGGCCUCAGCUUUGUCGGACGACCACUCGACAUCGACGAUGGGAGCGCGGACGAGCAUCUCGCGAGACUCAGAGGAUGGGGCUUUAACAUGCUACGGUUCCCCGUCACUUGGGAGGCGAUAGAGCAUGAAGGACCUGGAAAGUACGACGAGGAGUACAUGGACUACACCGUGCGCGUGUUGAGGAAAUGCAAGGAGCAUGGCUUCAAGGUCUUCAUGGACCCACAUCAGGACGUGUGGUCACGAUUCUCUGGUGGCUCGGGCGCACCGUAUUGGACGCUGCCCGCCAUUGGCAUCAACCCGCGCGCAAUACACGCCACCCAGGCCGCCCUCGUACAUGCACAAUACCCAGACCCCGACGCGCCCGACCCCGCAUCCCUCCCUGCGAUGAUCUGGUCGACCAACUACGGUCGGUUGCUCUCGCAGACCAUCUUUACCCUCUUCUUCGCCGGCCGCGACUUCGCGCCGCGCUGCAUCAUUGACGGGAAGAACAUCCAGGACUGGCUUCAGGAGCAUUAUAUUGCCGCGAUGGGUGUCAUGGCGGACCGCAUCCGGGACGCGGGCGACCUCGCGGACGUGUGCGUUCUCGGGUGGGACAGCAUGAACGAGCCAUUCGAGGGCUUGUGCGGUUGGGCGGAUUUGAACGCGAACCCGGACAAGCAGGGCUCGACGCUCAAGAAGGGCACGUACCCGACCCCCGCGCAGAGUUUGCGGCUCGGUAUGGGCAAGGCGCAGACUGUCGAGCACUGGUCCUUUGGUGCGCUAGGCCCCAGCAAGGACGGCACAACAACUAUCGACCCGAAGGGCACCAUACUGUGGGCAGAUCCCUCUACCGAGCCUGAUGGCGUACAUCCGCGCUGGGGCUGGCGGCGGGAUCCUGGGUGGGCAUUGGGCACCUGCCCUUGGGCUCAGCACGGUGUGUGGGACGUCGACACGGGCUUCGUGCUCCGCCCGGACUACUUCCGCGCGCUUCCCGGCACGGGCGAAGACAUCGAGUUCGUCGCAGACUACUGGCGGCCGCACUUCGAGGCCUUUGCGGCACGCAUCCGGCAGUCGCAGCCCGAGGCUAUCCUCUUCAUAGAGCCGCCCGUUUUCGCGGAGCCGCCCGAGAUCGGGGAGGACGUGCUGAAGGGCCGCGCGGCGUACUCGGCGCACUACUACGACGGGCUGACGCUGGUGACGCGCCACUGGAACUGGUUCAACGCGGAUGCGCUGGGCUUGCUGCGGGGGAAGUACUCGAACACGCUGCAGGCGGUGAAGAUCGGCGAGCGCGCGAUCCGCAAGUCGUUGCGCGACCAGCUGGGCAUGCUGAAGGCGGACGCGCUCACGCUCGGCGCGGCGUACCCGACGCUUAUUGGCGAGAUUGGCACGCCGUUCGAUAUGGACAACAAGCGGGCCUACGGGUGGACGGACAACGGGAAGCACCGCGGCGACUACUCGAGGCAAGAGCGCGCGCUCGACGCCAGCCUGAAUGCGGCGGAUGGCUCGAAUGGCCUGAACUUCACCAUCUGGACGUACUGCCCUGACUCGUGUCACGACUGGGGCGAUGGGUGGAAUAUGGAGGACCUGAGCUUGUGGAGCGAGGACGACCUCCGAGGUGGGGAGGAGGCGAAGGGCGGGCCGGCGGCCUCCAGCUUGACGCUUGCGACGUUGAACGGUGGCAACAGGAGUUGCGGUGGGAAGGGCCCAGCAAACCCGUAUGCCUUCCUUACCGACGGUGCUCGUGCGGUACGCGCUUUCGCUCGCCCGUUUCCGGAGAAGGUCGUCGGUCGCGCGACAAGCAUCGAGUUCGACAUUGGAAAGGCGGAGUUCAAGGUGUCCGUACGCGUCAGCGCGGAAGACAAGCUGAGGAGAAGAAUAGAGAGCGAGGCGGAAGGCGAAGAAGAGGAGAUCGCAACGGAGAUCUUCUUGCCGCUAGUCCACUAUGCGGCGCCGCGGUGGGUGGAGGCGUCAAGGGCGGGCGGCUAUCCGGCGGACUCGAGGAAUGCGUCGACAGUCAUCGGGCACGGGCAGAGUGCGAAGACGAGCGCGGAGCAGGAGCAGCAAGAGCGCGACUCAUUACCAGAGCCGCAGUCGGCCGUCACGACCGUCGCGCCGUCCUUGCCGGAGAUCAAGACGGUGUCGUCCCUUGACAUCCAGAGACCAGAGUCGACGAAUCAGUCUUCGCCUGCCGCACCUACCCUCGUCCCCACAAGCUUGCAGCCGAGCGGCAAGUCCACGCCCACGCUGUCGAAGCGCAGCUCUCGGAGCUCGCUCUCUGCAAACGAGCUGACCGCGCUGCUGGGCGAGGACGGGCUCAUUGACGUCGACGUCGUCGUGAGCGAGGGGCGCUGGGCGGUGGAGGGGCAGACGCUGCGGUGGUGGUAUGACGUGCCGGUGGAAGGGGAGAAGGAGUUGACGAUCGAGGUCAGGAGGAAGGGCGGGCCGAUCAAGGUCAAGGCGACGGGGGAGGUGCAGACCACGGGCUGGUGGUGGUGGCAGGCGUUGUGUCCGUUGCAGGAGAGCGGGUGUGUGAUUGGGUAGAAUGGUCUCAUGGAGGCGAAGGAGGAGGGGAGUUGAGGAGGGGAGGAGCAGACAUUGUAUACUUAUAGGCAUGGUCGGACGUUGGAUCCUUUUUUUCUUCUCUUUCGUUUUCUGUAUCUCCCUCACGUACGCUCUUAUAAUACAGCACGCAUCCGCUUACGAUUGCACGAUACCCAUCUUAGAGUGCCCUAAAGGACAAGUCAUGGAACUACCAUUGGUCCCAGCUUUGGCGUUGCGCUCUGGCGUCAGCUGAUUCGCUGCAGCCCCAUCUACCACGCAUAUUCCAAGACAUUCUAGCGAUGCCUCCGCGG